CACAAAUCUUUAAUUUAGGGGGUAAACUUGUAAAAAGAAAAAUUUAGGGGUCCAAAUGACGACCCCACUGUUCCAUAUACGAAUCUGGGUAAAAUUGUAAAAAGAAAAAUUAAAAUUUUCAAAAUUACAAUUAAAAGUGAGAAACCUCCUACAACCCUACGCUGUACUCUGAUUUCUUUUCCUCCUCCGUUCUCCUCCGCCUUCCGCCUCCGCCAACCGCCAAUCUUCUAUUAUGUCGGCAGUAUCCAGAGGUCUCAUCUCUCGUAUCCAUCUUUUGGGUACCAGGAGGCUGUUCAGUAGUUCUUCCACAGCAGAGAUAUACCAUGAGAAUGGAUUGACCCAACGAAUCGUAGAAGCAAAGACCCGGGUGAUGACCCCAAGCUCCAAGCGAACUGGGGCAAUAGCCUUCAAAUGUGGAAUGACUGCUUUAUGGGACAAAUGGGGUGCUCGGAUUCCCAUCACCGUUCUCUCAAUGGAUGAUAACAUCGUUACCCAAGUCAAAACCCCUGAAAAGGAAGGCAUCGUUGCUCUCCAGGUUGGUUGUGGGCACAAGAAGGAGAAGCAUUUGACAAAACCUGAGGUGGGACAUUUUAGAGCACAAGGUGUCCCCUUGAAGCGGAAGUUGAGGGAAUUCCCCGUCACUGAGGACGCUUUACUCCCUGUUGGUACGUCCAUUGGUGUUCGCCAUUUCCUUCCUGGACAGUUUGUUGAUGUCACUGGGAUUAGUAGAGGUAAAGGGUUUCAGGGUUGUAUCAAAAGACAUAACUUUAAAGGUUUGCCAGCUUCUCAUGGUCAUUCUAAAUCACAUCGAAGCGGUGGUUCUACUGGUCAAAGGGAUGCCCCUGGAAAGGUGUUUAAGGGUAAAAAAAUGGCUGGACGCAUGGGAGGAAAGCAAGUAACCGUAAAAAAUAUCUGGGUUUACAAAGUUGACCCUGCAAGAAAUUUGAUUUGGGUGAAAGGCCAGGUUGAUUCAAGUUUUUCUUUCUAUCUUCCUUUCUUCUUGAAGUUAUUCUAUGCAAAAUAAUUCAUUGGGUUGAAACUGAUGAAGAUACUUAUGAAUUCUUUCAUGCGAAAUCUUUUGUGCACAAAAUUUAGCUGCAAUUCAGUAUCGUGCUUUGAAUCAUAACUGACAACUUUGCUAAUAUCUCCAUCACGCGGAGUUUAUGUAGUGACGAAUGAAGGAACCUUGUUUUUUCACAGCUGCUUUUACACUUCAAGCUAAUUCCAUUCUUUUUACAUCCUCGUAUUGUAAUUGGGGCAAGGGCUUCCUUCCUCCUGAUGAUAAUUAAUACUUGCUCAUUCCUUGUCAGGUGCCGGGUGCCACAGGAAACUUUGUGUUUAUAAAAGAUUCUGUAUUCAAGAAACCAGAUAGAACAUUGCUUCCUUUCCCAACAUAUUUUGCACCGGAAGAUGAAGAUUUAUCUGAAUUGGAACCUCUGGUAGCUGACCUUGGUGAUACAGAUCCCUUUAUGGCUGCAGACUAAUGGUGCAUGUGAAAGUUCAUAAUCCGUCAACAUAAUAGGAUCUUACUGAUUCUCACAGUUCUGUAGCAAUGUACUGGUUUUGGGAAAUGAGGGGAAACCACCAUGGAAGUAGCUUCAUUUCCGAAGAUUAAGAACAGCUGCAAUUGGAUCUGUUUCUUGAUCGGUGUGAUUAGUAUUUUGGAUGUUUGCAGCAUUUGUUUAGAAGUUCAAAUUUAUCAUGAAUUCCCUUUAACCUUAGUUUUCUGCUGAGGGGUGGCAAAUGAUGGUGCUAACCUGGAACAGGAGUAUUUUGCCUGUUUCUUAGUUGUUUGGCAAGUGUUUUUUUUUUGGGCAAAACUCAGUAUUGGUCCCCAAAGUUUGGGGGUAACUCAGGUCAGUCACUAUAAAGUUUUCUUCGACGAUUUUAGUCCCCAAGUUUAAGUUUAUUCAAUCGCGAUGUGUAUUUGACGGAAAAUUCAUUAACUUUAACGGUGAAUUAGAAAAUCUAUCAACUAUUCAAUAUUUUAUUAAUAUUUCAUCAAUAGUGGGACCCACUAAUAUUUCUAUUUAUUUAUUUUAUUUAUUUUUUUGAGUUUUUCCUCCAAUGCCCAAA